AUGAAAUCACGAAACACUUUUCUCGCCUGCCUCAGCCUGGCGAUGGGAGUUGCCUUGCUCGCCACCACUAUGGCUGCGCCCAUCGAAGGAACUAAGAUCGCCCCACACGGAACAGUCGGCGCACGCAUCAGCAACCUGGCUAAUUCUGCCCAAGUCACCUCGAAUGUGUCCGAGAAGUUCAUGAACACCGACGAGGAUGUGCUGCUACCUCGUGGGCCCGUGACAGAGUUCGGUGAAAGAGAAGAGCAACACCAGUGGACGGAAACUUCUGAAGAAAAGUGUGAUGCCGAGAAAGGUAAAAACCUCAAAGUCAAGGAGGCAACUGGCCGGCGAGGCCACUUCUCAGCGCCGUAUGAUGAAAAGAGGGAGGUCCAAUGA